CUGGUGCUGAGCGUGUGUGCGUUCGUGUACGACGAGACGAGAAAAUAUAAAAUCGUAACGUAACGAGAGGAGAGGAGAGAAAAAAACGUGUGAAAACUACAUUAAAAAUAAGAAGCGGCGCUGUCGUCCAAUAUACUUCGCCGUCUUCUUUGUCAGUGUUCGUUGUCGUUGCCUCGUUCGUCCUUCGUUUUAUUUCGUCCUCGUACAACAACAACAACAACAACAACAUCAUCCUGGAUCACCACAACACGCAGUUCCCAAAUGCUUUAAAACGAUUCGGAAACCUCUAAGGAUAAAAAGUCAAGCAGCGAAUUAAGAACCGAAAACACCAAAUAAACAAAGAUAACCCCUAAAAACAUAAAAAACACAAGUCAAAGGAGGCUCGCAAAAUUUUUUACAAAUUUGCAAAAAUAUUUUUUAAGUACGAAGAAAAAGUAUUGGUUUGUGUGUGUGUGAAAGUUCUUUCGGCAAGCCUUUAUCGCCAUUUUCCCGAAGAAACGCACUAUUAUUGGACUUUAUUUGUCGCGAGUGGAAAUCCCCCUCUUGGAAUGGCUCUUUUGGGAGGGCGGCAGGACAUUAGGGAGCAUCAGCAGCAGGAUCAGCAGUAAAUAACCAAGCUUAAAAGUCGCCAGGGAAGAUCAGGAAUUAGGAAACAGCAGGAAACAGGAAAGACAUCCCAGCCAAAAGGGAAUCUGUUUAAUUGGAAGACAAGCACAUUUUAAACCAGAGAAGCGCCAAAAGAAAGGAUCAUGACUACUUUGGAGGAGCCUGUCCAGGCGGUGGACACGGUGGAUCCGUGUCCCCCAGGGAUCCCCAGCUUGAAAAGCGUUCUCAGCGACGAUGCCUCGAACUCAUCGGUGCUCGAAGACAUUGACGUGAGCAACACGAGCAGCAGCAGCUCGAGUUCCAGCAGCUCAAGCUCCAGCUCUGGAUCCUGCUCGGGAUCGGCCACUGAUACGGACACUGGUAAAGGCAGCAGCACUGUCGGUAGUCUGGAUGUGACUAGCUCCUCGAGCAUCGGAUCGGCGGCUUCCAUCUCUUCGACCGGCUCCACCGCCAUCGCUGGACCAUCCGUUCUGCUGGACGACUCUAACUCAUCCGGACUGGGUCUAGUGGUGGAUGUGGACAGUGCUGGGAGCAGCCAGGAGCUGAGCAGCCACGGCGUCACCGAGCUGGACUCGCUGGAGGACUCGUGCAACGGCCUAAUGAUCAAGGAUGGCGAUAAGCUAUGCAAGCUGUGCAGUUCGCGCCUUGUCAUGCCGCGCAUCCUGUCCUGCCUGCACGUAUUCUGCGAGGACUGUCUUCAGGCUCUUGUAUCGAAGGACUCAAUGGCGGCCAGUUCGCCGAACAGCUGCUCCUCGUCCUCGUUCGAUGGCAGCGAGAACCAGCACCGUUUGCCCGCUCUGCUCCUCGAGUGCCCCGUUUGCAAGCAGGAAACGCCCCUGGGCCCCAAGGGGGUCAAGGGUUUAACCUGCGACUAUAUCGUGACCAACAUACUGGACCUCUCCAACCUGGAGUCUGAGCACAUUGUGUGCACCUCGUGCAAGAGCAAGGAGGAGGCCAUUUCGAGGUGCAACGAUUGCGCCAAUUUCCUAUGCAAUGGCUGCGAUAACGCCCACAAGUAUAUGCGUUGCUUCGAGAACCACCAUGUGGUGCGCAUCGAGGAUCUAACAAAGAACGUCCACGACAAGCUGAUCAUCCACAAGCCGGUGUGCUGCCGGCAGCAUGUGAGCGAGAAUCUCAAGUACUACUGCUUCACCUGCCAGGUGCCCACCUGCAACGAUUGCCUGCUGAGUGAGCAUAAGGGCAACGACCAUCACUAUGAAACGGCCUCGGUGGCGGAGCAGGCAGUUCGCGCCGAUCUCGAGCAGACUCUGAUCGAGACACUGAAGAAGGCGGACUACUGCAACGAUGCGGGCGGAAACCUGGGCAGUGCCCUCACGGAACUCCAGUCGCAGCACGAUACGGUGCGACAGCAAAUCGAGGAUGCCUACAAGACCUACAAGCGAAUGCUGGAAUCGAUCAAGGAGCAGCUGCUCAACGAGCUGGGUCGCCUGCACUCAGACCGCGAGCUGAAGAUCAUGGAUCUGAUGCAGAGUCUGGAGAACAAUAUGGGAAAACUGCAGCAGGCCUCGCAAUUUGGACAAAGGGCCAUCGAUAAGGCCAAUGCCGUUGAGUUUCUGCUGCUGAAGCCGGUGAUUAACUCCCAGUGUUUGAAUCUCAUGGAGCAGACGCCCAAAUGCGAUGUAAACUAUCAGUUGCAGUUUGAAUCGAAGCCAGAAAAGUUUGAGCAAUUCGCCAAGGAGAUGUUUGGCAAAUUCCAAACGGAUCAGGGUGACUCUAGUCCCAAGAAGCAAUCAAUCGCACAGCAGCAGCAACAGCAGCAGCAAGUGCAACAGCAGCACCAGCACCAAGUGCAGCAGCAGCAACAGCAACAGGUGCAGCAACAUCAACAACAGCAGCAGCAGCAGUUGCAGUUGCAACAGCAGCAGCAACAUAGCUCAACCAAUCUGAUUGUGGGCCAUCGGGGUAGCUCCUCUGUCCAAGGACGCCUGAGCUCUGCUGUAUUUAGCCCCAUCUCGCUGCCCUCCUCACUGCAGAGUUCCUUCGAUGGCGACACCAACUCGGUGAUGACCAACUUUUCCAUGAUGGACUCGCCGCCGCAGCCAUCUACGCAACAGCAAUUGCCAUCGGCCCAGCAGCAGCAGCAGUCUCAGCAACAACAACAGCAGCAACAGCAACAGCAGCAGCAGCAACAACAGGCGGUGGUGCUGCAGCAGGUGCAACAGCAGCAGAAGCACCAGCAACACCAACAGCAGCAGCAACAGCAACAGGUCUUGCACCAGCAGCCGUCGACCCAGUCUUUGCCCCAGCAGAUGGGCCAGCUUGUCGCUCCCCAGGGCAUAGUCCAGCAGGCUGGACAUGUCAAUCUCAACUCCGGUCCCGGCCCGAAUAUAUCAAUUAAUGGUCUUGGCGCCGGCGGUCCGCCGCCCAGCUUCAGCAUGCUGGAGUACAAUAUCUCGCGACUGGCCAGCUUGACGGAAUCGAUGCCAGAUACCCUUAACGAUGCCAUGGCCGUCGGAGGAGGUGCAUCUGGGCCUGGUCCAAAUGUUCCCCAAGUGCCGGGUGGUUCGGCCGUGACGGGUGGAGCCGUUGUAGGAGCCUCGCAUUCCCAUCAGCAGCAGCAGCAGGCAGUGAUGCCGGCAUCGGCGGUGACUCCCACGCAGCCAAUUACCCUGGCGGACAUCCUCUCGGGCGACCAGCGGGCGCUCAACAAUCUUCAGGCGCUGGCCAAGCUGGGACUCAACAACAAUGAUGAUGGUCUUUUGUUGAACGGAUCCCCAACGGGCAUUGAUUUUUUGUCAGAUUUCUGCAUGCCACCGGCCACCUCGCCCAGUCUUCAGUCUCUCAAUCCUAUCGUGGGUGGAGUGGAGGACAUGGGACUCAAUAACUUCCACGCUGUGGCUACGCCAGGCACCACCAGUGUGGUCACGGGCCGGAACAAGGCCACCCCAAUGCAGAUCCGCUGCAAAUUCGGUUCUCUGGGCACGGCCAAGGGCCAGUUCAAUUCACCCCACGGAUUUUGCCUCGGCGUCGACGAGGAGAUCAUCGUGGCGGACACGAACAACCAUCGCAUCGAGGUUUUCGACAAGAUGGGCGCACUGAAGUUUCAGUUUGGAGUGGCCGGCAAGGAGGAGGGACAGCUCUGGUAUCCGCGGAAGGUGGCCGUAAUGCAUAACAAUGGCAAGUUUGUGGUCUGCGAUCGUGGCAACGAGCGUUCCCGGAUGCAGAUCUUUUCAAAGUGCGGACACUUUAUGCGCAAGAUUGCCAUCAGAUACAUCGAUAUCGUAGCGGGAUUGGCUGUCACGGCUAAAGGGCACAUCGUGGCUGUGGAUAGCGUCUCGCCCACCGUGUUUGUGAUCUCCGAGGAGGGCGAAUUGGUUCGCUGGUUCGACUGCAGCGACUACAUGCGCGAGCCCUCCGACAUUGCCAUACGAGACAACGACUUUUACGUGUGCGACUUCAAGGGCCAUUGCGUGGCUGUUUUCCAAGACGACGGCACCUUUCUCUAUCGGAUUGGCAACGAGAAGGUCACCUGCUUCCCCAAUGGCAUCGAUAUAUCGAAUGCCGGGGACGUGCUAAUCGGCGACUCGCACGGCAAUCGCUUCCACGUGGCCUGCUACUCACGCGAGGGCGCCCUUCAGUCCGAGUUCGAGUGUCCACACGUCAAGGUUUCCCGCUGCUGCGGCCUGAAAAUUACAUCCGAGGGCUAUGUGGUGACGCUGGCCAAGAACAAUCAUCAUGUUCUAGUCCUGAACACCCUCUAUGUUCACUGAUUGCAAAUCAAAGCGCGCAACAAUCGUCCAUCAGUCGAUAUGAACAAAUACAACUAUAAAUACUCGUCGGGCAAGAUAUACGGAUGUCGACGUCAGCAGCAAGCAACCAACAGCAGCAGCAACAGCAACAGCAUCAGCAACACCAAUAGCAAUAGCAAUAGCAACAUCAACCUCUUGACAAGGACUCAACCUCAGCACUGCAGCAACAGCCACAGCAUCAGUCACAUGAGCAUCGUGAGCAACAUGAGCAACGGCAGCAACAGCAAUCAGCAGCCUUCGACUACAAUACCCACAGUCAUAUAUUAGGAAUUUUAAGCAAGGAUUAGCAAUGUUUUGCUGGAAGAUCAACAUCAUUAACAGCAACUGCAAUAAUCCGCAUAGGCAUAUAUGUAGGACAAAGUAUAUAUAUGUGCAAAGGGAAGGCAAAAUCUCGAAACACCAAAAAUCCUUUUAAACCGCAACAAAUGUUGCUGUUUGUGAGACACAGCAACUGUAUAAAAACCAAUAACAAAUGAUAAACAAAAUGCAACAAAUACUA